AUGGCCCCCAAAAGGCAAAUCGAUGUGCAGCUGAGCAAGAAGCUGUCCUGGUUGCUGCGGCACGGUGCGAAAUCGGAGGGGAUCCACAUCAAGGAGGAUGGCUUCGUUAGUAUAUCUGAUUUGCAGGAGCACCCGCGGUACAGAACCUUCACGCUAGAAAAACUGGAGGAGAUUGUGUCCACGGAUGCAAAGCAGCGAUAUACUCUUCGAUGGAAUCCAGAUUGCGGCGUCCACGAAAUUCGCGCCAAUCAAGGACACUCGCUUUCAGUGGUAGAGGGAGAAGCCGGCGGACUGGACAGGAUUACCCAUAUUGGACAGGUCCCUCUGGCAGUCCACGGCACCUACUACCGCCAUUGGGAUGCGAUAAAGAGGCAAGGUCUGAGUAGGAUGAAGCGCAACCAUGUGCACUUUGCCAGCAGCGAUGAUACGACCUGCACCCUCAGUGGAUUCCGCAACGAUUGUCAGAUUUUGAUAUAUCUUAAUGUAGAUAAGAUUCUAGCGGAUGGCAUUCCCAUCUACCGCUCCAGCAAUAAUGUACUGCUCUGCCCAGGAAUCAAUGGCUUUAUACCCAAAUCCUAUUUCUUAAGGGUGGGGGACAGGAAAACGGGGCAGGCACUUACUUUCUGA